AGCGCGCCAAUAAACUUCCAGCAGGCCACAAAAGGAUCAUCUGUGAUUAGCGUCACGCGCGCCGCACGGGCCGCCUAUCCAUAUCUGUGAGAAGCGUCAAUUCUGUGGAUGAGAUCCAUUGUCCUGCAAAUCAGAUCAUUUGUAGCCUCCUCUGCUGUGUUCCCUCGAGUUUAUCUCUUUUCGAAGUCGCCAUAUUCAACGUCGGAACGAUCAAAUGGGCCUAUUCUUGCUCCAAGCCGACUGCUCUGUCCUCAAUCGCGCGUCGUAGGCCGCCGUAAUUUAUGUCCCCGCUAAGGAAGCCGUUGCGCGAGGCGUAGCUAAGAAAAGGACUAGGCGGCGAUCGCGGUGUGGUAGAGACGGAGUGGGCUUACGUGGCGAUGGUACGGGACCACGUGGACGCCGUCGGCGGCGGCGGAGGGAAAUCGGCAAGGCGUUCUAUUCCUGCGCAGCAUGGCGGCGGCGGGAAGCAGGGGAGAGCUGCGCGGAAAUCGACGGCAUCGGUGAACGCGUGCUACCUGCUGCGGAGCCUGAACCCUCAGGCGCGCGGGGCUACUUAUAUCGGCUUCACAGUGGACCCCGUGCGGCGGCUGCGGCAGCACAACGGGCGCGUGGUGAGCGGCGCGCACAAGACGCGGCGCCACCGCCCCUGGGAGAUGCUGCUGCUGCUGCACGGCUUCCCCUCACGCUCCGCCGCCCUGCAGUUUGAGUGGGCGUGGCAGCACCCGGCACGCUCGCUGCAUGUGAGGGGCGUGGCGGCGCAGCACAGCAGCAGGCAGCUCGUGGGCGCGGCAGGCAAGCUCAGGCUCAUGCUCGAAAUGCUGCAGCUGCCGCUGUGGGGCAGCCUCCCCCUCGUGCUGCAGUUUCUCUCCCCCGACCAUGUUCCCCCCAACUGGCCUCCCGCCUGCCUCCCCCCCCAAAUGCGCCUCACUUGGGGGGAGGAAAGAGGGGCGAAUGAGAGUGGGAGUGGGAGUGGGAGUGGGAAUGGGAGUGGGAGUGGGAGUGGGAGUGGGAGUGGGAAUGGGAGUGGGAGUGGGAGUGGGAGUGGGAAUGGGAGUGGGAGUGGGAGUGGGAGUGGGAGUGGGAGUGGGAGUGGGAGUGGGAGUGGGAGUGGGAAUGGGAGUGGGAGUGGGAGUGGGAGUGGGAGUGGGAGUGGGAGUGGGAGUGGGAAUGGGAAUGGGAGUGGGAGUGGGAGUGGGAAUGGGAAUGGGAGUGGGAGUGGGAGUGGGAGUGGGAGUGGGAGUGGGAGUGGGAAUGGGAAUGGGAGUGGGAGUGGGAGUGGGAAUGGGAAUGGGAGUGGGAGUGGGAGUGGGAGUGGGAAUGGGAAUGGGAGUGGGAGUGGGAGUGGGAGUGGGAAUGGGAAUGGGAAUGGGAGUGGGAGUGGGAGUGGGAGUGGGAGUGGGAAUGGGAAUGGGAGUGGGAGUGGGAGUGGGAGACGAGAGGAGGGUGCUGGGUGUUUGUGUGGUGGUGGGGGGGGUCUAUUUUUGAGGCGCCUCAAAAAUGGGCCCAGUGGUGGCGUGGCCGGUUGUGAGGUGACUAAGGAGCGGCGCGGCAGGGGCAGAGGCAGCAGCAGUGUUGCAGCGAGGCGAAUAGCAGCAAGCACUGUGACAGCAGGGGCAACAGUGACAGCAGGGGCGACGGGGACAGCAGGGGCGAGGGGGACGGCAGGGGGAGAGGGCAUGACAUUGCGUGGUGGCUCCAGCAGCAGCACCAUGCACAGCUGUGGCAACGGCAACGGCAACGGCAACAGCAACGGCAACGGCAACGGCAACGGCAGCAGGAGCAGCAGUGAGGGUGAGAGGAUAGGUGGAAGGACAAGUGAGGGGACACACAGCAGCCUGCCCGUGCCUGGGACCGCAUCUGUGGUGCUGGGGAGGGAGCGGGCAGGUGGGGGGGGGAAGCGUGGGCGGGGCGGUGUGGGGAGGUGGGGCGAGGUGGUGUGUGAGGUGAUUGACCUCACAGGGGAGGGCAGCCCUGAGAUGCGGGGUUGGCAGCAGAGGGAGGAGGAUUGGUGGGCGGAUGUAGAACCUGUAGAGCCUUCUCCUGCUGCCGUCCCUCCCCUCCAGGGUCCUGCUCCAUGCACAACCCUGGAGUCCCCCCCACCAUGCUCCAGCAAUCCACCACCACCACCACCUGCCACUGCCUCUCUCCCGGUGCAGGCACCAGCGCAAGCACGGCUGUGGCAGGCUGUGGCCAGUGCUGCUGUGCCGCUGCAAGGGCGGGGCGUGUUUGGAGAAGUAAAGGGACUUGAUAAUCGGAAGGGUGAGUGGGGAGGGGUGUUAGGAGGAUGUGAUCAAGGGUUGGAGGUGAGAGAUGUUAUCUGCCUGUUAACGCCAUAGGAGUUUUCCAUUUAAGAACCUUUAGCGGUGUACCUUUUUCUCUCAGAGAUUGUUCUACAUAAGUAAUAACGUGUAUUAACAAUU